UGACAUAGUUUGUCUGUUUAACAUUCUAUUAAAAUAAAAAAAUAACAAGCCAGGAGAGCUAAUCUGAGUCGUUGCCUCUGUCAGCUGGCUCGGACCGACCUCGUACCUUCGCUUGUCUUGUCCCCGAGCAUAGAGGCUACGCCGUCGCCGCCUCCGCUCCGUCCAAUUCACGGCCAAGCGAACAACUUCACCGCUUAGGCUUGGGCUUGGCUUGGCUUGGCUUGUGAGAGGUAUAAAUCCCUAAGCUGCUACUUACUGAUCAAACGCUUUCUGUUUUCGGAGGAGCGAGGCGGAGAUCAGCCUCUCCUAUGUCUACUCGCACUUUUCAUUCCUCCUUCGCCUCUCGAUUUCAUCUCUAGCUGCUUCAGAUUCUCAUCACUAGACAGACAAGCUCCUCUUACAGGCUCUGCGGCAGGUUAAGAAGCUUUAAGAUUCAAGAAAUGGUUGGGCUGGAAAUGGUUGGGCUUGAAGAUAAUACUGAGAGAGAGAGUUCACCACCACCAGUCUUAGAGAAUGGUUUCUCCAAUGGAUCUCUGUCUUCUCCUCCUAGCACAGAUGUUUUGUCUCCAUCACCAAAGGCCGCUCAAGGGAACGAUUCGCUUUCUUAUGCCAACAUUCUCCGGGCAAGAAACAAGUUUUCCGACGCGCUUGCUCUAUACGAGACUAUGCUGGAGAAAGACAGCAAGAAUGUUGAAGCUCACAUUGGAAAAGGGAUAUGCUUGCAGACGCAAAACAAAGGGAAUCAAGCUUUCGAUUGUUUUGCCGAAGCAAUCAGGUUGGAUCCGCAUAAUGCAUGUGCCCUCACGCACUGUGGUAUACUUCACAAAGAGGAAGGUCGGCUCGUAGAAGCUGCUGAGUCUUACCAGAAAGCACUGAUGGCAGACGCAUCAUACAAGCCAGCAGCGGAGUGUUUAGCCAUUGUUUUGACCGACCUUGGAACUAGCCUGAAGCUGGCUGGGAAUACUCAGGAGGGAAUUCAAAAGUAUUACGAAGCCCUUAAGAUUGACCCGCACUAUGCUCCUGCAUAUUACAACUUAGGUGUUGUGUACUCUGAAAUGAUGCAAUAUGACAGUGCCUUGGGCUGCUACGAGAAGGCUGCACUUGAGAGGCCUAUGUAUGCCGAAGCAUAUUGUAACAUGGGUGUCAUUUAUAAGAACCGUGGUGACUUGGAGAUGGCAAUCACUUGUUAUGAGAGAUGUCUAGCUGUAUCUCCAAACUUUGAGAUUGCGAAGAAUAAUAUGGCCAUAGCUCUGACAGAUUUAGGAACAAAGGUUAAACUUGAAGGCGAUGUGAGCCAAGGAGUGGCGUAUUACAAGAAGGCUCUCUAUUAUAACUGGCACUAUGCAGAUGCUAUGUAUAAUCUUGGGGUGGCGUAUGGUGAAAUGCUCAAGUUUGACAUGGCAAUUGUCUUCUAUGAACUUGCUUUCCACUUCAAUCCACAUUGUGCUGAGGCUUGCAACAAUUUGGGAGUACUUUACAAAGACCGUGACAACCUUGAUAAAGCUGUGGAGUGUUAUCAGAUGGCUCUAUCAAUCAAACCAAAUUUCGCACAGUCGCUUAAUAACCUUGGUGUCGUCUACACAGUCCAGGGGAAAAUGGAUGCUGCUGCCAACAUGAUCGAGAAGGCAAUCAUUGCAAAUCCCACAUAUGCAGAAGCUUUUAACAACUUAGGUGUUCUUUACAGAGAUGCUGGAAAUAUAACUAUGGCUAUUGAUGCUUAUGAGGAAUGCCUUAAGAUAGAUCCAGAUUCUCGCAAUGCUGGCCAGAACCGAUUGCUUGCCAUGAACUACAUAAAUGAAGGACUCGAUGACAAACUAUUUGAGGCUCACAGAGACUGGGGUUGGCGCUUCACAAGAUUACACCCACAGUACACUUCCUGGGACAAUCUGAAAGAUCCAGAGCGACCUAUCACCAUCGGAUAUAUCUCCCCAGAUUUCUUCACUCAUUCAGUAUCUUAUUUCAUUGAAGCGCCACUCACGCAUCAUGAUUACACAAAGUACAAAGUGGUGGUUUAUUCAGCGGUAGUUAAGGCAGAUGCAAAAACCUUUAGGUUUAGGGAUAAAGUGUUGAAGAAAGGUGGAGUUUGGAAAGAUAUCUACGGAAUAGAUGAGAAAAAGAUUGCAAGUAUGGUCCGAGAAGACAAAAUCGACAUUUUGGUGGAACUCACUGGUCAUACGGCGAACAACAAGUUGGGAACAAUGGCCUGCAGACCAGCACCUGUUCAGGUUACUUGGAUAGGCUAUCCAAAUACUACGGGCUUGCCCACUGUUGAUUACAGAAUCACGGAUUCGUUGGCUGAUCCACCAGAUACCAAACAGAAACAGGUCGAGGAGCUGGUUAGGCUUCCGGACUGUUUUCUUUGUUAUACACCUUCCCCAGAGGCUGGUCCUGUUUGUCCUACACCCGCACUUUCCAAUGGCUUUGUCACAUUUGGUAGUUUCAACAAUCUCGCAAAGAUCACUCCUAAGGUGCUGCAAGUGUGGGCUAGGAUACUGUGUGCUGUCCCCAAUUCUCGUCUGGUGGUGAAAUGCAAACCUUUCUGCUGCGAUAGCAUUAGGCAAAGGUUUCUCACGACGCUGGAGCAGCUUGGGUUAGAAUCAAAGCGUGUUGAUCUCUUGCCGCUGAUUCUUUUCAACCAUGACCAUAUGCAAGCUUAUUCCUUAAUGGAUAUAAGUUUGGACACAUUCCCUUAUGCCGGAACUACCACUACCUGUGAAUCCCUGUACAUGGGAGUGCCAUGUGUUACCAUGGCUGGUUCAGUACAUGCUCAUAAUGUUGGUGUCAGCCUUCUCAGUAAAGUUGGUUUAGGACACCUGGUUGGUAAAAACGAGGAUGAGUAUGUGCAGUUAUCUGUUGAUCUAGCUUCUGAUGUCACUGCUCUUUCAAAACUGAGAAUGAGUCUCCGGGAUCUAAUGGCUGGAUCUCCUGUUUGUAACGGUCCUUCCUUUGCUGUUGCUCUCGAAUCCGCAUACCGUAAUAUGUGGAGAAAGUACUGCAAAGGUGAAGUACCAUCCUUGAGGCGAAUGGAAAUGCUGCAAAAAGAGGUACAAGAAGAUCCCUUGGUCUCAAAAGACUUGGGGCCAGCAAGACUCAACGUUACUGGAGAAGCCACUCCUUCUCUCAAGGCCAAUGGUUCUGCUCCUGUACCUUCCUCUUUACCGAACCAAUCUUCGCAGCUCUCAAAGAGAACGGACUCCACUAGUUAGAGAGUCAAAUCAAGCUGCUGCGUAAGGCGGGAAAAUAGAACGUAAGAGAGCUCAAUGCCUUUGCAGAGUCUGUUGUAUCCAUAUGGGAGAAGGUGUGAAAGAGAGUCCAUGAGAUCUUCUUCCUCCCUUGUUUACUUCCAAGACUGUAGGAACUAGACUUUUAGAUUAAUGCUUGUGUAGUAAAAAAAAAAGUGAAACCAUUUCUUUUCCUUUUCUUUUUUUGGUUCUGUCUCUAUCCACUCGUAGUUUAGCUUUAUAUGAUUCUUGGGAAGUCAUUAGGUGGAAGUGGAUUUGGAGUUUUCCUCUCAUUUGAGAGGUCAAGUUGUUGUGUAUCACCAUCAAUUAGGAUUUAAGGCUUUUUUAGGUUUGCUUGUUUUCAUGUGUUGGAUAAAUGAAUCAUAUGGUAGUAAAUAUAUUUUAUAUCCAAAGCUUUUCAACGCUUAAA